CCCAACCGGAGUUACAGCACCGCCUGCGUCACUUUCUCUCUUAGUUACCCUCCAAAUUUUCCCGAGAAACAAACACAGUCUUGGCUAGAACUCUCCGAUUGUUUAUUUGUUUCUUCCAUACCAUCCCGUGUUUAUCCAUUUGCUUCGCUUUAGCAUAAGGAAAAGAAAAAAAAAAUUCUGAUCAAAUCUUUUUUCGUUCUUCGUUGGAUUAUAGAUUUCAAGGCAUUUUCAUUUACGAAUUUGUUUGGGAUAAAGAAUAUGACAAUACAACAGCAAAAUCAGGGCCAGCAAUCGAGAGUUUUCCAGGACCUGUCGGCGCUGGUUCUGAAUCUUCUACGAGUGCCUACCACGGCGGCGGAGAUGUUUUUCUCGGAGCAAUCACCGGCAUCGGAGAUGAGGCGUUAUCCCCGGACGAUAACGCCGGCGGGAGUCGGAUGGCUGAUGCUGGGGAUAUCUGUUUCGAUGAUGUUUUGUGGAUCGAUUGCUUUCUUGAUAGGGUUGAUGUUGAUGCCUUGGGUUGUAGGCUUGGCCAUUGUUCUUUACCUUGCUGGAUUGGUUUCAACUGUUUCCACAUUGGGCCGUUCGAUUCUUUGUUAUGCCAUUGCCCCUCUUUUGCCGCCAAAGGACAUUCCUGUCGUUUAUCCUCAUCUGCAUUGCAGCAUGACAAAACAGGGUUUAGUCAGAGAGUUGAAAUAGCCUGGACAAUGGAACAGCAUUUGAUUUCUUGUGGGUCUGUCUGCUUACUGAGAUAUGUAGCUUCUUUUUAUAAUAUUUCUUUUUACAUUUUAUAUCUUCUAAAAUUCUAUUUUUUUUAUGUGAAUAGGAAUUUAAAUGAGAU